AUCGCCGGUUACUGUGAAUAGACCCAAUCGAAACUGAGCUCUUAACCCCAUCAGCACAUCAUUUGAUGUAGCAGCUUUACUAAAUAUCCUCCAGAAGACUGCCCACGUGAGAGAGAGAGAGAGAGAGUUACUUAAGACUAAGGUCUUAUAGCGUCAUUUAGUCAUAUAGCGAAAUGGCUGCCUACACACAAUUCGGAUACGGAGGCUUUCCGUCGGCCUCGCAGCUCCUGCCGCCAAGUGCCCAGCCGCCGGAGGACGCUUCCGCGAACGUGAAUGUGAAUGUGAACGAGGCGCUGGUGAUGACAAACGCCCCCGCGAUGAGCCCACCGGGAGGUCAGGAUUGUCAGGGCAGCCAGCCGACCGGCGGAGCUGGCGGAGAUGCCUCCUCGGGGGCGCUGAGUCCCAAUGCUCUUUCGCAGAACUCGAAUGCGGCGACGGUGGUUGGAGCCGGUGGUGGAUCCUCGGCGGGCGGAGGAGCCGGAGGAGCGGACCUGCCCACCGGUGGCUCCCUGGACGGCACGACGCCCACAGCCGGUGGUGCUAGUGCCGGUGGUGGUGGUGGUGGAUCCUGCUGUGAGAACGGGCGGCCCAUAAUGACCGACCCGGUGUCGGGUCAGACGGUCUGCUCCUGCCAGUACGACUCCGCCCGCCUCGCCCUCUCCAGCUACUCCCGCCUCCCGGCGGCCAGCGUCGGCGUCUACGGAACGCCCUACCCCUCGACGGACCAGAAUCCCUACCAGAGCAUCGGAGUGGACAGCUCCGCCUUCUAUUCGCCGCUGAGCAAUCCGUACGGACUCAAGGACACGGGCGCGGGUCCGGAGAUGGGAGCUUGGACCUCGGCGGGACUGCAGCCCACCACGGGCUAUUAUUCCUACGAUCCCAUGUCGGCCUAUGGCGGAUUGCUUGUUUCUAAUUCCAGUUAUGGAGCCAGCUACGACCUGGCCGCUCGUCGCAAGAACGCCACCCGCGAGUCGACGGCCACGUUGAAGGCCUGGCUGAAUGAGCACAAGAAGAACCCGUAUCCAACCAAGGGCGAGAAGAUCAUGCUGGCCAUCAUCACCAAGAUGACGCUCACCCAGGUGUCCACUUGGUUCGCCAAUGCGCGUCGACGGCUGAAGAAGGAGAACAAGAUGACCUGGGAGCCGAAGAAUCGAACGGACGACGAUGACGAUGCCUUGGUGUCGGACGAUGAGAAGGACAAGGAGGAUCUGGAGCCGAGCAAGGGAAGCCAGAGUGGCAGUUUGGCCAAAGAUGAGACCAAAGAGGAGGAGGAUGCCAUAGACGAGGACCAAAAGUGCUUGGGCCAGGCGAACAUUUUGCGAGCCGGCUUCGGUUAUCCCUCGGCUGGCAGUGGUGGCUAUCCGGGCGGAGGUGGCACCUCCGGCGGACACCCGAGUGGCUACCAUCCGUACCACCAUCAGCAUCCCGCUUACUAUCAGGCUGGCCAACAGGCCAUGUUGCCCUUCCACGGGGAGGCCAAUGCCAAGCUGCAGGGCGGUGAUCUUGGGGAUCCAAAAAACCAGCUAGGCCGGGACUGUGGCGUGCCGAUUCCAGCUACCAAGCCGAAGAUCUGGAGUCUGGCCGACACAGUUGGCUGCAAGACACCGCCGCCGGCUUACAUGGGUCACCAAUCGAUGCCGCUGCAGCAGCAGCAGCAGCAACAGCAGCAGGCGCAACAGCAGCAGCAAUAUCCUCCGCAGGAUGCAGGACGAGAUCAGCAGCAGCUGUUCAAUGGGGCCGGAGCAGCAGCUCCUUACCUAAGGCCGCACACCACGGCCUACGGGGGUUUUCUAGGGGCUACGACCCAGCAGCUGCAUACUACGAGCAGCAAUACAAUCCCCUACAGCAAUAUGCCCCCGCAGCAGCAGCAGCAGCAGCAGCAGUUGCAGGUGGGCGGUACCAUCCAUACUACGGGAAGUUCGAGCGGGGCACUGCAGUUCCACAAUCGGCAGCAUCCGCAGCAGCAGCAUCCGCUGCAGCAGCAGCUAUCUCAGUCCACAGCGAGUCAGCGGGCGAUGGGGUUUCUCGAAGCCCAACCAGAUACUCCACCCCAAACUCCGCCGAAUAUGAAGGUGCUGAGCGGAGCUUUGAGUCUCCUGCCUACCGCUUCUCAAGCCCCUAUGACCGCUACCUGUCGCAGCAGUAACGCCUUUGGGUUCAACUCCCCCAGCUCCAUGAACUACCCCAUGAACUUCUCGGCCCGCAUUGGGGAGUACUCGCCGCGGGAUGAGUAUAGCAGCGGGAACAGCAGCAGCAGCAGCUCCUCGUCGCCCCAACUGCAGCGGAAUGAGGCCAUGAUGUUCAAGCCGCUCUUCAAGAAGUUCACCAACUAAUCGGACUGCAUAUAUAUACUGCAUAUAUAUAUAUAUACCAUAUGGGAUCGUGCAAGAACCAGACGGAUUGUGUAAUAUUAACUGUAGCCCCGUUUAGCGCGUUAAGUAACUUCAAGUUUCAUUCAAGUUAUGCAUCGUAUCUAGAGUACCGGAUCAAAUGUUUCUCUUCAAAACUGCAAUGUAAGCUUAGGCUAAAUACUAAACUAGCGCAAUAAGAUUGUAAACUGUGAUACGUUUUUCAUUGUCUAACAGACUUCACACUAAACACUUCGUCUAUAUGAACACAUAAUAUAAAUAAUUUUAACUCGUUUAAUAAAAUUCUUUAUAAUCAUGAAAAA